AUGUCCUCCGACGACGCCUACAUGUCCUUCCUGGACAAAGCCAACGCUGACCUCAACAACGCCCGCGCAGAGCGCGCCCAGCGACAAUCCAUCGCCCGCACCGAAGCAGUCGACAUAGACGUGCGCGUCCCAACCCCGCUCACCUCCGUCGAUGCGUAUUACGUCUCCGAGACGGAUGAGCCGUUUGAGCCUGUUACGCUGAAGUGGGAGAAGGCCGUGAAGGGGAUCUGGCCGGAUCCGACAAACCUCUCAAACCUCAUCUCCCCCACAACAGACCUCUCCUCGUCCAUCUCGACCCUCUCGCCCUCCGCCUUCGACCCGCAUAACCAGUACGCGACUGUCCUGCGCGCUGUGCGUGCGGCGGCCGUGCAGGCGCCGUCUUCGGAGGCCGGCGGCGCACCGCAUCAGUCGACUGUUGAUGUGAAGGUUUAUCGGGUGGAGGUGGGGGCGUCGCGCGUGGAGUAUUGGUUGUUGGCGUUGAACAUUGAGGAGAGUUUGCUCGUUGGGCUGAGGGUGAAGGCUGUUGAGAGUUGA